AUGGGUAUCAAGAACCUGUUCUCCAUCAUCAAGGAUGAGGCCCCGGGUGCCGUGAAGGAGAGCGACAUCAAGAACCAGUUCGGAUGCGUGCGUAUACCCUACACCAGCCACACCUCGAGAUCCCUCCAGACUAAAACCACUUCCAGUUCUAUGAGCAUCUACAGCUUCUUGAUCGCGGUCCGAUCCGACGGCCAGCAGCUGACUAACGAGUCGGGCGACACGACAUCCCACCUGAUGGGCAUGUUCUACCGCACCCUGCGUAUGGUCGACAACGGCAUCAAGCCCCUCUACGUUUUCGACGGUAAACCUCCGAAGCUCAAGUCCGGCGAACUCGCGAAACGGUUCCAGCGCAAGGCCGAGGCGAACGAAGGUCUCGAAGAGGCCAAGGAGACCGGCACGGCAGAAGACGUCGAGAAGUUCUCGCGACGCACAGUCAGAGUCACACGGGAACACAACGCCGAAUGCCAACAGCUGCUGAAGUUGAUGGGAAUACCCUACAUCAUCGCCCCUACCGAGGCCGAAGCUCAGUGCGCCGUUCUUGCGCGAGCCGGAAAGGUCUAUGCUGCCGCGAGUGAGGACAUGGACACCCUAUGCUUCGAUAGCCCCAUUCUGUUGCGACAUUUGACGUUCAGCGAGCAGAGGAAGGAACCUAUCCAGGAAAUCAGUGUGGACAAGGUCCUCGAGGGUCUGGGCAUGGAGCGCAAGCAGUUCGUUGAUCUCUGCAUCUUGCUUGGCUGCGAUUACGUCGAUCCCAUCCCGAAAGUCGGUCCAUCCACUGCCCUGAAGUUAAUACGUGAUCACGGCACGCUUGAGAAGGUGGUCGAAUGGAUGAAGAACGACGAGAAGAAGAAGUAUGUCAUUCCCGAAGACUGGCCCUAUGAAGAUGCGCGAGCGCUCUUCUUCGAACCGGAUGUGCGCAAGGCCGACGACCCCUUAUGCGACUUCAAGUGGGAGAAGCCCGACAUUGAGGGUCUAGUGAAGUAUUUGGCCGUCGACAAGGGCUUCAACGAGGACAGAGUCCGUGCCGGUGCCGCCAGGCUCGAGAAGGGCACCAAGAGCGGCCAGCAGGCUCGCCUCGAAGGAUUCUUCAAGCCCAUCCCCAAGACCGAGACAGAGAAGACAGCGCACAAGCGCAAGUUGGAGGAGCAGAACGAGGCCAAGAAGAAGAGACAAAAGGAGGAGAAGAAGGAGAAGGCCAAGUCCAAGGCGAAGCCUCGCGGAACGGCAUAA